AUUAGUUUUCAGCAUCUGCCAUCUCUGACAUAUUGCUCAGGAAUGCAUGAUUCCUCUUAAUUAGAUUCAAGUAGGUGUGGAAAAACAGGUAGGCUAUAGAGAGAAGCAACCUUUUCUACUCUUGUUCAGACCUGACAGAGCUGCUUUCCCUCCACAGCAAGAAGGGUUUCCUCUUCAGCAGAAAGAUGGCGUACUCCACCGGAACUAUUGCAAAAGGCUGUUUUGGGAAGGUCUACAAGCAGAAGUACAACGAUACCUGGGCUGCUGUAAAGAAAGUCCCGCAACACCUCAUCAGAAGGCAGGACCUAGAGAGAGAGAGUGAAGUGUACAAGAAGGCAAAUCAUCCCAAUAUUGUGAAGCUACUGGGGAACAUAAAUCUCAAAGAUGGAAAAUGGAUUAUUCCUUUAGAGUUUAUCUUUGGAGAGGACUUGGAGACCACCAUCUUUAAAGCAUCAAUGUCUAAAAUACAGUUGACUCCGUCUAUCAAAGGAACUAUCAUCACUGGCAUGUGUGAAGGGCUGCAGCACCUCCACUCCAAAGAUAUUGUCCAUCAAGACCUCAAGCCUGAAAACAUCAUGGUGGAGCAUGACACAAACAGAGCUGUCAUCAUUGACCUGGGAUUGGCUAAGUUCUACCGGUAUGGCCUCAACUCGGCCAUAGACAUGGGGAAUGAGGCAUACUCUGCCCCUGAGGUUCUGCAACGGGGCAGUCAGAGAGACAAGCGCUCAGACGUGUGGGCCAUGGGUAAGAUCAUAGCGGAGCUCUGUGCCCGGGUCCGGCUAUACACGCCCAGCGUCUGUCCAGCUAAGAUCAUGGACAUCCUGAAGGAUCAGCCUUACUGCCAUGUCGUGUGUAGGAUGGUGGAUCCCGACCCUACUCUGAGGGCCUCCGUGGGUGGGGUCAUGAGUGAGAUAAAAAGGGUCAGCGUUUCAGAUGAUAACCCUGUUAAAAAAGAUUACCUUAAGCCAGCACCACCUCACAUCAAUGUCGGAAAACUGUCUCCAGCACCUGUUCACAGAGAUCCAUCCCCAAUGAACAGAGAUCCAUUCCCAAUGAAAAGAGGCCCAACCCCAAUGAACCGACACCAACAGCCAAUGAACAGAGACCCAAUGCCAAUGAACAGAGACCCAACCCCAAUGAACCGACACCAACAACCAAUGAACAGAGACCCAAUGCCAAUGAACAGAGACCCAACCCCAAUGAACAGACACCAACACCCAAUGAACAGAGACCAGUCGCCAAUGAAUAUGGCUCAAGCACAGUUUAACAGAGAUCAACACAACAGGGAGCAAUCCCCACUGAAAUGGGAGCGCUCACCCAAACCAGAGUUCAAAGCUUCGCCUCCUCGAGCAGCAAUGCACCUUUCCCCUUCCCCUCAUAGGAUGGAGGACAAGAACAAAAAACAGGGUCUGGUCCCGACAGGCAGAACUGAGCGCACGGAAGACCUCAUGAAAGGGAGGUUUUUCCAGGGUGCUGCACAUAACCUGCCCAGCAACCUGCCCACAACAGGAAGGGUGGUGAUGCAGCGCUAUGAAAUGAAAAACGGGGAGGUUGAAGCAUGGGAGCAGAAGGAGGUGGUGACUCAGGGUGGAAAGAUAGUCAAGUUUGGUGAUGUCAAGUUUGAUAGCAAGUAAGAAUAAGAACAAAGUGAUUUGGCAGAUAAUUUAACUCCUAUAAAAGGAUUGCAUAUUCUGGUUUAACGAUCAGUGCAGGGUCACCUAGCUUUUGGUAUCUAUUUAAGAAAGCAUGUUAAAUGCUUUUUCAAUGAUUAAACAUGAAGCUACAGUGUACGCUUGUUUGUUGUACACAUAAAGACGAAUAUAGAAAUAAAUGAUACGUUGAAGUGGUUUUGAGGAGACAUGGAGAAAUGGCUUUGGUUCUGCUGUACCAAGUUAUUCAGAAUUAGUUUGAGAUCUAAUUUACUAGGCAAGAAAAAGAUGUAUGCAGGCAAUAACCACCAUCUGUGAAUGUUUCAUCAGUAUCGAAUGCAUUAGAAUGUGAACAUGGCUCAUAUAUUUUGUGUAUGGUUUUGUAUAUAAAUAAAUCCUCAUAUCUGUAUUGGAAA